AUGUUGGGACGCAUCAUCGCUGACCGCCUCGUCCAACAUCUGACCCUGGAGGGGCCAGAUCUUCACGGCAACCAGUACGGGUUCAGGCCCGGACGGUCCACGCUGGACGCGAUCCAGCACAUCCAGGACCUGACCUGUACCGCCGUGGAGGAGGAGGGCGGGGUGUUACUCGCGGUGUCGUUGGAUAUCACCAACGCGUUUAACACCCUGCCCUGGCCGGAGAUUGGACGGGCCCUGGAAUACCACGGGGUGCCCGUCUAUCUCCGCAUUCUGGCGGCGUACUUCAGGGACAGGGACCUCGCCUACUCUGGGAGAGGCGGGGUCCAAGACCGGCGGCAAAUGGAACGCGGUAUUCCGCAAGGCCAAUGGGGAUUCGGGCCACAUUUCAGGCACCUGGCCCCUCGGGUCCGCAAAGCAGGCAUGGCCUUGGUCGGCCUGAUGCGGACCCAGGUGGGCCCGGGAUGGCGGGCUCGCCGCCUGUACACGGGUGUCGUGCUCUCGAUCGCCCUGUACGGGGCACCUAUUUGGGCGCACCCGGUGCUAAAGCUCCGCGAAAGGGAGGGGGGACUAACGGCCAGAGAUUUGGAGGCCCUGGAGGCCCAAACCCGUGUCCGGGUCUUCGACAAGUGGUCUGCCGAGUUGGCAUAUCCGCGAGGAUUCGGGCGCCAGACGGCCGAGGUUGUCUGCCCCUGCCUACCAGAGAUUGUGGGCAUGCGGGGGCGUGAACUGUCCUUCCACUUGGUGGUACUAACGGGGCAUGGUUGCUUCGGAAGGUACCUGCACCUAAUAGGGAAGGAACCCUACUUAACCAUACCUACCGUAACCUAA